GUUUCACGUUGUUCCGCAGCGGAGCCCGGCUCACCUUCCUCGCCUUUUAAUUCAGUUUAAUGGAGUUUAAUGUAGUAUUCAUGACGUGUUACCGGACAGUUACAAAGAGUCGUGACGUAGUGAGCUGUAGUAGCUUAGCAGGCCAACUUGUCAUUGGAAGUACAGGUAGUUUUCUUUUUAGCUAACCAAACGGCUAACAGGGACGACACCUGGACACAAGGAUGAACUGCCCCCCCACCAAGCGCCUUCGGGGCCUGGACCAGGACGCCGUGGCGGCCUUCGAUAACCCGUUUGGAGACGACGACGACUUCACCCAGGACGACCUGGAUGAGAUCGACACCAUUGCCUCGCAGGCCAUCACCGCGGUCGCCGCACCCGGGCUCGGGACGAAACCAGGACCCAAACCGACGGAGCCGGCCCGCGGGUCCGACUGGCCGCAGUGGGCAGGGCAGAGCAAAUGUGUGAGCAGAGCCACAGCCAAUCAGAGCAGCGAGAACGCGUUUGGGCUCAGCAGCAACCGAGGGAACGCUGGGUUGCCGGGCAGAGAGCCGCUCGGGAACCGGCAGCAGCGCUGUGGGUCGGACAGAGAAGACUCCCACAGUCUGCUGGAGGCUCAGCAUGCAGAGCUCAAGAGGAAGCUGAAGGAGGUGGAGGAGGAGAUCGUGUUGAAGAGCGGGGAGAUCCGGGUCCUCAGGGACUCUCUGAGAGGAGCUCAGCAGGAGAAGGAGACCCAGAGGCAGAACCAGAUCCUGCAGGAGACCCAGAGGCAGAGAGAGCAGAGCGACAAGGAGAAGGAGCUCAACAAGAAGGUUCUGUCUUUGAAGUCAGAGCUGCAGUUUAAAGAAGCCGAGAUCAACGAGAUGAAGACCAAACUUCACAGUUCAGACAAACCCAAGAUGGCCUCUCCGCUGCCGAGAAACAGUCCUAAAGUGCUCGGCUGUCUCGCCCAGCUGCAUCACGGGAGCGGCGGCAGCUCGCCGUCUCCGACAGGAAACGGCUUCAUCACCAAGGAGACGUUUGGCGCUCACGUUCCCUCCAGAGCGGCGCGGAGAGACGCAGAAAGAGGCGGGACCAGCAGCAGAUCUGGUGACAAACAGGAAGUGUCUCGACCGGACCCCUUCCUGUCCGUCAGACCUGCUCACCUGCAGCACCCAGGUGGCGUCCUGCUGGGGUUGCUGCUGCAGCAGCCGUUGUCUCCCAGCAGCCUCGGCCUGUCUCACCUGCUCUCUAUGAGUCUGAGUGACAUCCACCUGACGUCCAGCAAGUCUGCGGAUUUUCUGCUCCGGUCCGAUGCCGCUGUGGGCGUCGGUGCCGCUCCCAGGGCGACUCUGAGUCCUCUCCAGAGUCUGGCUGUAACCGGACUCAACAUGCUGAGUCAGAACCGACCGGCGGCCGGCAGCAGGAACAAAAGGUCGUGUCCCGGAGCCGUCCUCUUCCUCCCGCUGUUGGAGCUCCACCUGUCUCGACUCAGUCAGGCUCUGGACUCGCUGCGCUCCGUCUCCGGUUCAAACUCCGCCGGACUGGGGAGACUGGACGAGGCGGGUGCUGCUGGUUUCAGCGUGGAGGACGUGGGCCUGGCUGCCCUGAGGCUCCUCUACCUGUUGGUGGCCCACAGUGACGAGGUGGUGGAAGCUGUGCUGACCAAAGAGAAUCAGAGCCGAGUUACAGACGUGAAGACGGAACACUCUGCUGCAGGUGUGGCUCUGUGCUCCCAGAAUGCCUUGCUGCAGUCGGUGCUGCGGCUGUGUGAAGCGGGCCUCGCCGUUGGUUCUCAGAUUGAGGAGCUGGUCCUCGAUGCCAUGAAGACUCUGUGUGUCCUCAUCCAGAGGACGCCGCACACGCACGCCGACAGGUUGCAGUGUGUGUUGCAGGUGGUGUGUGCGUGUUUGUCGGCCGACUGCAGGUUGCAGACGGUGUCGGGAUGCGUGUCCGUCCUCAGGUCCGUGUCCGACCACCCGACCCUGGCCCGGCAGCUCUGCUCUCAGCACGACCCGUGUGUCUUCCUCAAGCUGUUCCAGUUCAUCAGAACCAGAACAGACAACCGAGCCACACACACAGACUGGGUUCUGCUGGACCUGCAGGUGGUGCGUCUGCUGAGCCGACUGAUGACUCAGCGAGCCGAGAGCUGGACCUCCAGCCAGCACGGCGGCUGCCAGUGUUACACCGAGCUGGUUCAGACCGUGGUCAUCGUCUUCCAUCGGCAGUGGCUGGAUCUUCGCGGUUCUCGGGAUCCGACGGACUCGACGGGCCGGGCUCCGCCCUCGCACGAGUGCCCCGCCCCCUGCCCGCCGUCGCCAUGGUGGCGCAGCCCGGCGGCGUCUCUGCUCCGCGAGUGUCUGCUGCUGCUGCACUGGCUGCUGCUGCACCACGGCAGCUUCUCGGAGAACUGCCGGCCGCUGCUGCACAUGUACGACCAGCUGAUCCCCGCCGUCAGGGACACGCUGAGGAGCAUCCCCGAGCUGAGCGAGAGCGAGGAGCUGGCGUUGGAGGAGGUCUGCCGCUCGGAGGGCGACGACACCGAUGACAUGGACACGGAUACUGGCUCCUGAUUGGCUGACUGCACCAGCGAUCAGCGAGCGGUUUACUGGCUGACUGGAUAUUUCGGGCUGAGGCGAGAACGGCGCAAAGACUCAAGAGAAAUGAAGGAUGAGAGAGAAGUGGAGAGGUGGAGAGGUGGAGAGGUGGAGAGGUGGAGAGGUGGAGAAGUGGAGAGGUGGAGAGGUGGAGAGGUGGAGAGGUGUGACUGAAGUGACGACGUCACCGGCUUCGUUCUGCUGUCUGACGUCUCACAAUAAAACGUAAAGGUGAGAACAGGCGCUGCUGUCAGAGUUCAUGUGUGGUUCCUUCUGUCUGGACUCUGGUUCUCAUGCGGUUCAUAAACUGAUUCUCGGGCUGGACCCCAUCAUGAAAUAUAUAAUUAUCAAUCUGACACCACGACCUCCAAAAGCUCACAACUCUACAAUGUGUGUAUUUUGUGUUUUACCUGCACAGAAACUAUUAUUUUUGUUCACUUUGCGUCUUUUUGCAUAACUUCUUCGUCAGGUUGCGUUUGUACGAGUGUCGACUAAUUUCUAGAAGUUAAUGUUGUGAUAAACGGCUUGUUGUGUUUUCUCACACUCA